AUGCCGAAGCUGAAACAGUCCGAAGUCGUCGAUGUUCUCGGUGAACGGUAUGUUUCCCCGCGGAGCGACAAGGCGAAGAUAGACGAACAGGUUCGAUACAGAUUCGCGACCUCUUCGGGCGUGGUUGUCAUCGGAGUUGAUGCGAAAAAGGAGGCCAGCAUCGAAGGUGUGACCCCCGUUUCGUGGGGUGGCUCAAGCUACGAUGGAUGGGGGGCAGCAACAACCUUCCGCAGUUGGUCUACUGGAAAUCUGAUUACCAACAGCAUCCCACUCUUUGAAUUGGACUUCUCACCGACCGAAUCGAAUGUCGAGUUCGGAAGGCUGACGGACUUCACUCAAGAUGCCACUGACGCAGAAAAUGCAGGCGAGCUGGCGUACCCCCAACGAACAGCAUGGGUACAGGGGGCCGAGAAAAUUUCAAUCUCUUCCCAUGACCACGAUUUCCAGCCUCUUGUGAGCGACAAAAGAGCCCUGAUUUCUGACGAACCCCCGCGCCCCGGCCUGGUCGGUGUAGAGUCCGCAGUGGGUCUCGCACGAGGGGUAACGGUGGCCCACGGUGACCGCCGAGGACGCAGGCCGUUGGCUUCCGGGGCCAGCCAAACAAGACGUUCGUUUCUGGACAUUCUCUCACAGAAGGCAAUCCACUGCGAGGUCGCACUCGCCUGGUGGAUCAAGGGCGGGCAUGGGAGUGUGCCCCGGAAGUCCGUUCCCGAUGGCAGCGCCGACACGGAGGUUUUCCGAGGUCAAGAUAACAGAACCCACAGUAGCACUGAAAGACAGGUUGGCAUAAGCUCAAUGGUGUCCCAAGUACUCGUUACGGGCGGAGGUGAGUUCAAGUUAUACUAUGGCUUUGCGGAACCAUUACACUCUCUUAAAGCAAUGAGACAUACUGUUCUCUUCUAUUGCAAGCAAGACAGCGGAAUGUUUAAUAGUCACGAAAAGGAAUUCUCAUCUCCAAAGUGUGCGGCUUCCGAUGACAAACCGCCACUCUUUCAACGCCCGCUCAGCCCUCCUGUCGACCUGCCCAAAGGAUUUUCAGUGCAUCAGUGGAUGCGUGCCUCCCACGCCGCAAGCCUGUACUCAGGCCAGGGUCGAAAGUCGGAAUGCCCAGGCCAGGAGAGCCUCUCGCAGGGCUUUUCCUUCUCAUAA